AUGCCGGAAAAGCUGUCGGACCAACAGACUGCAGGAAAGGGGCAGUCGCGAAGAGUGCAGUCGAGACCGUCCAGUCCUGCAGGAAAUGAAAAUGCGGCCUUUGGAGACGUGCCGGGACGAAGGCGACUACAAAAACACUCCUCCACCACCUUUCUAUCCGACCACUCUUCGCUCUCUUCGAACAAUGUUGCUGGCUCAAGAUUAAGUGCCCUCAGCAAGAGAAGGCUCUCUAUUCGUGACCACAAAGUGCCCCAGGGUCCACGGCCGCAAGACCCGUCACGCAGCUCCGUCUCGGUCCUCCACUCCGGUCAAUCCUCUAUCGAUUUCACGAAUGAUUCUCUAAAGAGCAGCAACUCCCGUGUUAGCCUUCGGUCAACUAGCAUGGGCAACGUCGCGAACCAAACUCCUCCCGAUAGCAUGGAAUUUCUCGCCCCUGUCAAUUUCGAUGAUUUUCACAAUAGCAUUAUGGCAGAGCCAAGCCUAAGCCAGUUUCCUAUGCCUGGGAGCGGAGGAACCGGCUUCGAGCGACAAUCUUCCUCGUUUCACCCAACUAACCCAUGGGCGACUAGCACAGCCGAUUCUAAUGCAUCAGGGCAAACCAGGAAUCUUACAUCACGGCGCAAAAGCUUGAUCGGGCAGAAUCUUUCCACAGAUCUGUCAUCACGUCAGCCGACAAACACUGCGACCACUCGCAAUCGCCGCCAGAGCCUCGUUCAAAAUCAAGGGCCGACCAACCCUGCGCCGCGCGCGCCACGUAAAUCAAUCGGACCUGGCUCACUUCCAACGACUACAUCUGCGCGACGACAGAGCUUAUCGGCUCGCAAAGCCAGUGCUGACACGACACGACAAGACCAAACAAGCUAUCUUCGUCCGCGGGCCCAGAACCACGAGCUCAACGGGGAACAUGGUGCAAGACUCCCGUCCAAUGUUCGAAAUGCGAAAGCCAAGUCAUUUCAACCUCCGUCGACCGAGUCCAGCGAACAUUUCUUGACGGCGACUGGAUUUGGAGACCACUCCCGGUCUUCCUCCACAAAUGCUGUUCGAACCCCAGUAAAGAAUCAGGGAGGAAGACCAAUGACCCCUUCCUCAUCUGCAAAGCGAGUGUCGGUCAUGCCGCCUCAUGCGACCGGCCUCGGUGCUCGGACAAUUAGCCCGACGGAUGCGAGACGCCUUAAACGUCUUUCCAUAGCUCCCCAAUCGCACCCAUUGCCAUUUACGCCCCCAAGCCAAACGGAACCUAUGCCGCUUCGUCCUCGCUCAUCCGCUCAUUCCCCCUCGAACAUUCCGCGGAAAAGCGCGACGCCGUCUUCCACACGAACCACACCAGACCCGAAUCGAAAAUCUUAUAGCUCUGGCUUGUCUCUAUCUUCGAACACGAGCUACAAUUCUGCCAGAAAUUCUGGUGGCUCGUUACAAACGAGAUUGUCCCAAAAUUUCUCAUCGUCUCGGCUUCCAACUCCCAAACCUCGUGUAGAGCAUUCCGUCAAUAAUGGUGACGAAGUUCCACCCGUUCCGGCUAUUCCCAAAGCCUACGAGUCUCCAAAGAGCGAAUUUGAUCAACCACAGUUUCCGAUCACACGGAAGUCUAGCUUACCAUUGGAAAUCGAACUGUUGAAGGCCAAUAAUGUGCCCGACUCCAAUGCAACGCUUUCUCACGCUCAGCCGGCAAAACCUGCACCUGUGGACGAGCGCGGGUUGAAGACUCCAGAGGCCGAGCCACAACCCCGUGGCGCAUUCGGAAGGACAAACCUGAAGCCCCUCAAGCUGCCACCCUUGAAUUUACUGCCUCUCGGAACACCCAUGACGACCAAAAUCGAGGCUCUGGCUGACAGGGAGGAAGAAGCUGACCCGACGACCCCAUCGGCCCAACUCAUAUCCAAGACCCCAAGUACGCCUCUGACAGCUUCCAAAGCUAACUUCUUCUCUUUCCGGGAUGACGAGGAUCCACUUCCGCUGGCUCAGGCGAGGAGCAGCACCUCUCAUUUUGCCCUAAGUACUUCCUCCAGCAUUGGCCUAAGGACUGCUAGCAGUUCCAGUGCCCUCGCGUCUUUCGAAGGCAACCCUGGAGGUGCUCGCACAGUAUCCCCCUAUAUUUCCUACACAUUACCAAAGAGCAAUAGCGACUUCAAUCACCUGCGCCAGAAGCCCAGUGCAGACUAUUCUCCAAGAAUAGCUCAGUCGCAUAAGCUCACUGGGCCUCGUCCUCAAACUCAGUCGUCUGCACUCUCGAACGCGGAGACGGUUAGCCAAGUCUCAACGCCUUCCGACACCGAUACCACUGGUGUUUCCGGCUCCUCCCUCCGUAGCAAGAUUACCUUGUCACGAAAACGAAGCAACUCCAAGCCCCAGCAGGCUCAUAAUACCAGCAUUGACCCUAAAAAGUCUGACCUGAUGCCUCCCCCGAAGCUUCCGGCGUCCGCUACUUGGAACAAUCUGUCUACUACGAAGAACUCGAGUCCUACCCUGAAACCAGCAUAUCUCAAAUCCAGGCGACAAUCGUCCAUGUCGAACGUCGCGAACCCAGCGCUUCGAAAACCGAGCUUUAGCAGCGAACAAAGUCUUUCUUUAGAACCGACCAUCUCUCGCGAAUCUCACGAGAGUGAUGCAACUCACCGCUCUGCUUCUUCCAUACUUUCCCCUGUGCACAAAAUCAUCAGCUCUGCCAAGUCCAACAUGGCUUCUACCUCGGGCUCAGGUGAAAGUCAUGUAGAGACCGAACACAGGAUUGCGGAUGAGGAGAUGCGGAGACUUGGCAGCAAACGAAAAGACUUCGAAACUGCAGCAAGAGAGCUGGAUGACUUGCGCCGGAGAGCUGGUCCGAAAGAACGUGUCACACCCGCCCAAGCACUAAGGGUCGCUCAUCUCAACAUAUUCGAACGUGGGGAGAUCAUUGACUUCAAAGAUAUCUACUUCUGUGGAACACAGGAUGCGAAGAAACACGUGGGAGAUCUCAAUGCACAGGCUGCAAACUUUGGUUAUGAUGAUGACCGUGGAGACUAUAACAUUGUCCUAGGUGAUCAUCUGGCUUACCGAUAUGAGGUGAUUGACGUCUUGGGCAAGGGCAGCUUCGGGCAAGUUGUCAGGUGUAUUGACCACAAAACUGGCAACCUGGUUGCUGUUAAGAUCAUUCGCAACAAGAAAAGAUUUCACCAGCAAGCGUUGAUUGAGGUUAAUCUCCUUCAAAAGCUCAAAGAGUGGGAUCCACAUCGCCGCCACAGCGUCGUCAACUUUACACAGAGCUUCUAUUUCCGAGGACAUUUGUGCAUCUCAACCGAGCUCCUCGGCAUCAACCUUUACGAGUUUAUCAAGGCGCACGAUUUUAGGGGGUUCUCUAUUAAGCUCAUCCGUCGUUUCACGAGGCAGAUCCUCUCUUCCCUUACCCUCCUACAAGCGAAGAAGGUCAUCCACUGUGACCUUAAACCAGAGAAUAUUCUGCUCGUCCAUCCUCUGAGCUCCGACAUCAGGGUGAUUGAUUUUGGGUCCAGCUGUUUCGAGAACGAAAAGGUCUAUACAUACAUCCAGAGUCGAUUUUACCGCUCACCUGAGGUCAUCCUGGGUAUGUCUUACGGUAUGCCGAUUGAUAUGUGGAGCUUGGGAUGUAUCUUGGCUGAGCUCUACACCGGCUACCCGAUCUUCCCUGGUGAGAACGAACAGGAGCAGCUUGCUUGCAUUAUGGAGGUGUUUGGACCCCCAGAGAAACAUCUUAUUGAGAAGAGUACUCGAAAGAAGCUAUUUUUUGACUCUCUGGGCAAACCGAGGAUAACAGUCUCCUCCAAGGGACGAAGACGUCGGCCUAGCUCCAAGGAGCUCAGACAAGUACUAAAAUGCGACGACGAGGCCUUCCUGGACUUCAUCUCACGCUGUCUUCGGUGGGACCCCGCUCGUCGGCUCAGCCCCAGCGAAGCCCUCAGACAUGAGUUCAUGACGGGCCACAAAUUGGCUCCGCGGACCAGGCCGUUUGGGGCGCACUCCCCUGGCAAGCGGGUGAACACUUUGUCCACACCGACCACAGGGCGACCUCUUCCAGAACCCCCAGGGACCAGUUUUAAAAACGGCACGUUUGUCCGCAGUCGAGAACCCUCCAAUAGCUCUCCUAUCAAAGCAUCCUCUGGCAAGCGUCACUCAACAGUCAGCGGGCUACCGCCGUCAACGCCAGCUAAGCGAGGCACCAACACCACCACCACGCCCGGAUCCGCGUUACCCCGGGUUUCUGCCCGCAGUCUAAGUGGAAAGCCGGACCUCGCAACCGCGGCGGCAGCGACAAGCUUGAAACCCAAAUGA